CCUUCCUGGCUAUGGCUGUCCAGGACUACUUACUCCAGUAUAAAACUGAGAGCAGAAAUAUGAUCACAUACUAAGGAGUCUAAUCAAUUCUGGUUUCAACACUGAGCCUAUUUAAAACAGAUAAUGGAAUUGCUGUUCCUUGUUCUGUUCUCUCUGCACAUUCUCAAGACAGAGGUAGUAGUCGGAGGCCAUUGGUGCUAUCAGUCACAGAAGCAUGACCAGCCACACUGUGAAGAUCCUCGACAAUGGUAUCAAACAGCUGUCGCCUGCAAAGGAAACAAACAGUCACCUAUCAAUCUUGUCACCAAAAAUGUCGUUUAUGACAAGAGCCUUAAGCCACUGAGUUUUGAAGGAUACGAUGUGAAGGGAUCUUCAAAAUGGAACAUAGAAAAUAAUGGACAUACAGUUAAAGUAACACUAAGCACAUCCCCUAAAAUUGGAGGUGGAGGCCUGGGAAGAAAAUACAAGGCGAUAGAAUUUCAUUUGCACUGGGGAGUCCAAGAUGUGCAGCAAUACCUUCCCGGGUCAGAGCACAGCAUAGAUGGAGAAAAACAAGCCAUGGAGCUUCACAUUGUCCACAUAAGAGAAGAUGUUUCGGAUAUGACAGAAGCGAAGAAAAAUGCAGAUGGUGUGGCUGUGUUAGCAUUCUUUAUAAAGGUUGAAGACGAAAAUAAAAACUAUGCAACUCUAAUAAAUGAAUUAGACAAUAUUAAAUACAAAGGGCAAACAGCACAGAUUGAGCCUUUGCCGCUGAGUUCUCUUCUUCCACCUGAGGAAGACCUUGGAAGGUACUAUCGGUAUGAGGGCUCCCUCACCACUCCCGACUGCCAUGAGGGAGUCAUCUGGACGGUGUUUGAGAAGCCAAUUGAACUCAGUAUUUCUCAGAUUUCUCAGUUCUCAACAGUUCGCUUUGAUGGGAAGAACUCAACUUACAUGGUUGAAAAUUUCCGGCCUGUUCAGUUUCUGAAUGAACGAAAGGUGUACUGGUCCAGCGCCAGCAUCCCCCUGCCUACUGCUAAGGUUUUAAUGUUGGUCCUGACGCUUACGUACAUCCUGAGUUCUCUUUUCCAAUGAACACUUCUCACCUCACGCAAGGUUCUGGGCUUUUUGGAGGUUUUUUUUUUUUGUUGUUGCUGCUGUUGGUUCUUUGUCUCAAGUAGCCUCUCUAACUACCAACUCAUGAAUCGUAUCUCAAUAUAGAAUUUAACCUUGUCCUCCUCCAGACACUAACCAAGGACUUCUGUUGCUGCUCUUAUAUAAAAUGAAACCCAUUGCACUAAAUCACAAGAAUUCAAAGGAACUGUAAGAUAAAGCUAUGAAGAUUCAAAUUAAAAAAAAACCACUUAAAGAAAACAUUAGGAUGGAUUAUCUGCAAGCCUGUAGUUUUAACACAACACUGGAAGGACACUGUACAAGCUAUACAGAGGACCUUCAAGAGGAAUCUGUUCUUAAGUGCCUAUGAAGGGUUUUGUUUGGAGUAUGUUUACAUUCAACACUGCAAAUCAGGAAGACAGUAACACGUGGAGUAAUUCCUGUCAUCCCUACAUUGUCCUACAUGAAGGUACAAUACAGAGCAAAGAAAAACUGCUCACACACAAUUGAGCAACAUCUGGGUCAUCCUACCUAGUGAAGGAUAUGUGACAAAUUUCAUCUGUACUAACACAAUUUUACGCCCUUCUUCCUUCAGAAUAUCUAAAGUUAAUUUUUAGAUAAGGAUACUGGAUUCCUUUCAUCUAAUCUACUGAUUCUGGAUUUCAGGUUCCUCUGUUAAGCCUAUUUAUUCACCCUAGUACGGAAUCCUACUCUGGGAUGCCCGUGGCCGAUACGAUGUGCUAGAAAGAAACAGGGAUGUUCAACUACAUGUACCAGUUGCACAUCUGUGGAAAUUCCCUCUCUUUGGAGGGCUGCAUUUGAAGCAUGAGACUUUGAUCAUCCUUUGCAGUUUUCAUUUGCCUAAUAAAAUGGGACAGCUCAAGAAACGGCUCUUUCCGGUAUCACAUUUUAGAAGUUUUUAAAUGUCAGUUUGAGCAUUUCAGUGUGAACAUUUCCUUUUACUUUUUUUUUUAAUAAUAACAUACCUGCAAUAUUCACAUAUGGUUAAGAUUCAUAGUUUUUCCAAGAAGAUUGUGAUUUGAACUGAUUUCUUCAGAUUCUACCCAAUUACUUACAGAAAAGCUCAAUAUAUUGGGAAAUGGGAUUUCCUUAUAUUAUUCCAGUUCUCUCUCUGAAGACAGCCAUAACAGUUUUCUUCGGCUAUCGCCAUAUAAUAUGUUACAGCUUCUUUUAGAAUUUUAGAAUUUGGCGACAUCAAAAUCAGAUUUCAUAUUAGCAGACUUGUAUUUUUUUCUUUAGGGCAAUGUUUGCAGAGAUGACUUUAUGCUACAGCUCUAUGGCCAUUUUCAGGAAAAUCAUGGCAGUGAGACUAACCGCAGCUCACCAAAGGAGAAAAAGCAGGGUGAAAAAUUAUUUUCAUAUUUAACAAUCAACAAUAUAAGCUUAAAAAACCCCACAUGGGAAAGCAAAUUCACCUUUUGAAGUUUAGAGGAAUGAUUAAGACUUUAACUGUAUUUUUAGCUAACUGAAAAACUUUUGAGAAGCACACAUAAAUGAAAGAUUAAAGUUGAACA